CAAUUAUCUUUAUUAUAUUUCAUGUUGACCAAAAAAAAUAAGAAACCAAAAACAGAUGGAAAUGAAUACAGUGCACUCCUUCGACUUGCUAAAAAAGAGCUCAAAAACAAAAAUUACCUAGCCGCAGUUUGUUUUUUAACUAGUAUUAUUGAUUAUUGCAGCUAUUAUAAAAAUGAUCAAAUGACAAUUGAAGCAAAAUUUUGUAAUAAUUCACAAUUUAAAGAAAAAGCCAGAGAUCAUCUUAUAAUUUUCUACUCUCAUGAAAUCAGUAUUGAAAAAGAUACUUCAAAAGCUAAUAAGCUUUAUCUUGAAAACUUAACAAAAAUAAAUGAAAAUUCUAAGCCUUAUUUCAAUUCUAAUUGA